AUGGCCACGGCGGGGGCGCGGGUCGCUCUGCUGACCCUCCUGCAGCUCGCCGGCCUGGCCGCCGCCCCGGGGCUGCGCCGAGAUGGGGCCCUCCCAGGGGAGCCCCCUGAGCUUCCUGAGCCCGUUGAACCCCAGCAGGCUUACUACUCCUCAGGCCCUCCUCGGGACCCCCAGGAGCUGUGGCGCCCUCUAGCAGAACGGCUGGAAAGGUUGGAGGCUGAAGUAAAGGACCUGAGUGCACAGAACCUGGAGCUGCAGGCUCGCCUGCGGCGGCUGGAGGCCUGUGAAUGCCGCCCGGCUGCCCCGCCGUGCUGGGACCGGGGGCGCGCCUGGCCCGAGGGGGAGCGCUGGGAGCCCGACCCCUGCACCGUCUGUGUGUGCCGCGAGGGCGCGGUGCGCUGCGAGCCGCAGGCCGCCCUGCCGCACUGCCGGGGCUGCAGCCACAGUGGCCAGACCUAUCACCACGGGGAGACCUUCUCCCCCGACGGCUGCACCACCUGCCGCUGCCUGGAAGGAGCUGUCACGUGUACCCAGACGCCAUGCCCCAGAGACCCCUGCCCGGAACCAGGCACCUGCUGCCCGCACUGUGAGCCAGACUGCCCUGGAGGCCACAGGGCUGGGGAAACGUGGCACCAGGAACUGUGUGUCAUUUGCACCUGCCAGGCAGGGACUGUGCAGUGUGGGGGCCCCCCAUGCCCAGAGCUCAACUGCCUGGAGAGCUACACGCCCCCUGGAGAGUGCUGCCCCGUGUGCCGGCCAGGCUGUGAGUAUGAGGGGCGACUCCAUGAGGAAGGGGCCAGCUUCUGGUCAGGCUCCAACCCUUGCAUUCAGUGCUCUUGCCUGAAGAGCCGGGUUCACUGUGUGCCUGUGACGUGCCCGCCCAGCGCCUGCUCCGAGCCCGUCCUGAAGCCUGGGCACUGCUGCCCGACCUGCCCAGCCCCAGGCUGUUCACAGGGUGACUCACACCUGGAUCAUGGCCAAGAGUGGACUGUUCCUGGGGACCCCUGCCAGAUCUGCCGGUGCCUGGAGGGCCACGUCCAGUGUGUCCAGCGGGAGUGUGCCAGCCUCUGUCCCUACCCUGCCCGGCCCCUGCCUGGCACCUGCUGCCCGGUGUGUGAUGGCUGCUUCCUGAAUGGGCGUGAGUACCACAGUGGGGAGACGGUGGGCUCAGGGGAGCCCUGCUCGCACUGCCGCUGUGCCAACGGGAGUGUCCAGUGCCAGCCCCUUCCUUGCCCACCCGUGGCCUGCAGACACCCAGGCAGGGUCUCCGGGCAGUGCUGCCCAGGCUGUGAUGGCUGUGAGUUCCAGGGCCUCCAGUAUCGGAGCGGGGAGACCUUCCAUCUCCAAGAACAGGGCCGCUGCAUCCGAUGCUCCUGCCAGGCCGGUGAGGUCUCCUGUGAGGAACAGGACUGCCCGGUCGCCCCCUGCACCCCAUCUGACUCUGGCCUCCCUCUCUGCCAAGCCUGUGUGCUUGAUGGAGAGGAGUUUCCGGAGGGGGUGCAAUGGGAACCCCACGGCCAGCCCUGCACCAGCUGCUCCUGCCGCGAUGGGGUGCCCUCAUGUGGGGCUGUGCUCUGCACCCCCACAGCCUGCGAGCACCCCACCCAGCCUGAUGGUGCCUGCUGCCCCGUCUGUGACAGCUGCACCUACAGUGGCCACGUCUUUGCCAACGGGCAGGACUUCCAGGACAUGGACCACCCGUGCCACACCUGCCACUGCCAGGACGGGACCGUGCACUGCUCCCCGAUCCCCUGCCCUCCCACUACCUGUGCCACGCCCAAGAUGGCCCUCGGCCAGUGCUGCCCCAGCUGCCCAGACUGCGUCCUGGAGCAGCAGGUGUUUGUGGAUGGCCAGAGCUUCUCUCACCCCCGAGACCCCUGCCAGGAAUGCCAGUGUCGGGAUGGCGAGGCCCGCUGCCAGCUCCGGCCCUGCCCCAGCGCCCUCUGCGCCCACCCGCUGCCGGGCCUCUGUUGCCAGAAUGACUGCGAGGGCUGUGCCUUCGGUGGCAAAGAGUACCCCAAUGGGGCCGACUUCCCGCACCCCUCGGACCCCUGCCGCCUGUGCCACUGUCUGAGUGGACACGUGCAGUGCCUGGCCCGCCGCUGCCCACCCCUGUCCUGUGCGGAGCCUCUCUUGCAGCCCGGGGAGUGCUGCCCGCAGUGCCCGGCUGCCCUCUCCAGCUGCGCGCUGCCAGGGGACACGGGGGCACUCCCCCACCAGGAGUCCUUCUCCCUGCCGGGCGACCCCUGCCGCCGCUGCGUGUGCCUCCACGGCUCCGUGUCCUGCCAGCCGCUGCCCUGCCCGCCCGCCAUCUGCACCCACCCGCGCCCCGGGCCCUGUUGCCCCUCCUGCCAGGGCUGCCUCUAUGAGGGGAAGGAGUUCGCCAGCGGGGAGCGCUUCCCUUCUCCUGCUGCCGCGUGCCAUGACUGCCUGUGCUGGGAGGGCAGCGUCAGCUGUGCCCCCCGUGUCUGUGCCCCUGCGCCCUGCCCCUUCCCUGCCAGGGGCAGCUGCUGCCCAGCCUGCAAUGGCUGUGAGUAUCUCGGGGAGUCUUACCUGAACCACCAGGACUUCCCGGACCCCCGUGAGCCCUGCGGGGCCUGCAGCUGUCUCGAGGGCUUCGUCACCUGCACCCGCCGGCCCUGUGAGCCCCCGGCCUGCAGCCAUCCACUCACCCCCCCGGGCCUCUGCUGCCCCACGUGCCAGGGAUGCCUCUACCACGGCAUCUCGGUCGGCCCCGGAGAGACCAUCGCUGACCCUCUGGACCCCUCCUGUUCUGUCUGCAGCUGCCAGGAAGGAUCCAUACGCUGCCAGAGGAAGCCGUGCCCGCCAGCGCUGUGCCCACAGCCGUCUCCAGGGCCCUGUCUCUGCCCCGUCUGCCACACCCUCAGCCCGGACACAUUUCCCGCUUCAGGCUGUGUGUCCCAGGGCCGGGAGCACCUGGAUGGGGAGGAGUUCGAGGGGCCGCCUGGCAGCUGUGAGAGCUGUCGCUGUGAGGCUGGCCAGAUCAGCUGCACGCGGUUGCGGUGCCCGCACCUGUCCUGUCCACUUCAGGUCACAGAGCCGGGGAGCUGCUGCCCGCGCUGCCGAGGCUGCAUGGCUGACGGGGAGGAGCACCCUGAAGGCAGCACCUGGGUGCCCCACAACCGUCCCUGUUCCUCCUGCCUGUGUCAUGAGGGCGUGGCCACCUGCGCCCCCGUCCAGUGUGUCAGCGCCUGCGCCCAGCCGCACCAGGCCCCUGGAGACUGCUGUCCCCACUGCCCCGGCUGUGAGCACAGCAGGCGCCUAUGGGAGCCAGGGGACACCUUCCAGCCCGGCUCAGACCCCUGCGAAGUGUGUGUAUGCGAGCUGCCACCCGAGGGCCCCCCCAGCCUUCGCUGCCAGCGGCGCCAGUGUCCUAGCCUGGUGGGCUGCACCCCCAACCACCUCCUGCCCCCUGGGCCCCAGCGCUGCUGCCCCACCUGUGCCCAGGCGCUGAGUAACUGCACCGAGAGCCUGCUGGGGGCUGAGCUGGCCCCACCGGACCCCUGUUACACCUGCCAGUGCCAGGAUCUGACCUGGCUCUGCGUGCACCAGGACUGUCCUGAACUCAGCUGCCCCCGCUCAGAGCGCCGGAGCUCCCCAGGGAGCUGCUGUCCCGUGUGCCCUGAAUGCGUGCUGGAGCCUGAUGGCAGAAGGGUGGCAGAUGGGGAGAGCUGGCGGGACCCCCACGACGCCUGCAUUGCUUGCACGUGCCAUCGGGGCCACGUCGAGUGCCGCCGGGAGGAGUGCCAAGCCCUGGACUGUCCGCGGGGAUGGGUGAAGAAGCCGGAAGCUGGCAGCUGUUGUGAGCAAUGCCAAGUCCCAGCUCAGUCCUGCCUGCACCAGGGCCGGGAGGUGCCCUCCGGGGAGCGCUGGGUGGUGGACGCCUGCACUAGCUGCUCCUGCGUGGCGGGCACCGUGCGCUGCCAGAGCCAGCGCUGCCCGCCGCUCACCUGUGGCCCCGACGAGGCGCCGGCCCUGAGUCCCGGCAGCUGCUGCCCCCGCUGCCUGCCGCGGCCCGCCUCCUGCAUGGCCUUCGGAGACCCCCAUUACCGCACCUUCGACGGCCGCCUGCUGCACUUCCAGGGCAGCUGCAGCUACGUGCUGGCCAAGGACUGCGGGGGAGGGGACUUCAGCGUGCAGGUGACCAAUGACGGCCGGGGCCGGAGCGGCGUGUCCUGGACCCAGGAGGUGACGGUGCUGCUGGGGCACGUGACCGUGGGGCUGCUGCAAGACGGCGUGGUCACGGUAGAAGGACAGCCGGUGGCCUUGCCCUUCCUGCGGGAGCCGCUGCUGUACGUGGAGCUGAGGGGGAGCACCGUGAUCCUCCACGCCCAGCCUGGGCUCCAGGUGCUGUGGGAUGGGCAAUCCCAGGUGGAGGUGAGAGUGCCCGGCUCCUACCGGGGCCAGGUCUGUGGGCUCUGCGGGAACUUCAAUGGCUUCGCCCAGGAUGACCUGCAGAACCCACGGGGACAGACACUCCGCACCGCGGCUGCGUUUGGGAACAGUUGGCAGGUCCCUGAGGGGCCAGGACCUGGCCGAGCCUGUUCCAAGGGCCGAGAGGUGGAUCCGUGCCGGGCCGCGGGUUACCGGGCCCGGCGCGAGGCCAACACCCGCUGUGCGGUGCUCAAGUCAGCACCGUUCAGCCGCUGCCAUGCUGUGGUGCCCCCUGAGCCCUUCUUUGCUGCCUGCGUGUAUGACCUCUGUGCCUGCGGCCCUGGGGCUUCAGCUGAUGCCUGUCUUUGUGCUGCCCUGGCGGCCUAUGCCAGCCACUGUCGCCAGGCAGGGGUGACGCCAGCCUGGAGGGGCCCCACGCUCUGUGCGAUGGGCUGCCCCCUGGACCGAGGCUUCCUGUUCGACGAAUGCGGCCCGCCGUGCCCCCGCACCUGCUUCAACCGGCACGUGCCCCUGGGCGAGCUGGCGGCCCACUGCGUCAGGCCCUGUGUGCCCGGCUGCCAGUGCCCAGCCGGCCUGGUGGAGCACGAGGCCCGCUGCAUCCUGCCCGAGGCCUGCCCCCCGGUGCUCGUCUCCGAGGACCCACACCCCAGCACCCAACCCGAAGCCCAGGGAACCGCACCCUGA